GCAUCGCUCUUCCGUGCGUCAGUCGCCGAGAGUUGCCGCGAGAUUUCAGCUGUGUCGAGAAGUCGAGCGUUCAGAACCCAAAAGUUGAGCGUGUUCGGUGCUGCUGUGGGGCCGAGUUCGUCGUGGGUCGGAACCUCCAGCUCGACGAGCCUUGUGUUUCUGGGGAAGCGUUCAAGCAGCGAAGGCGGUUCCGCGGAGGUUCUGGUCACCUGCGUCUGUGGGUCAGCCCGUCAUGGCUCUGCUGAAGAACCUGCCGACCCCCACGGAGGGAGUCCGACACGAGCAGGCCGAGACCACGGCGCUUCUGGACGGCCAGCGGCUCGGCUGCGGGACGCUGUACGUCACAGAAACGCAAGUGUUCUGGUUUGAUGGGUCCGGUCUGGGCUUCUCUCUGGACUAUCCUGCCAUUGGACUCCACGCCAUCUCCAAAGACGUCAGCGCCUUCCCGCAGGAGCAUCUGUACGUCAUGGUCAACGGAAAGCUUAGCGAUGAAAACGUAGCAGAAAUGAGAGAGAAAGCUCCCGACGAUGAAGACGACAGCGGCGCCGAGGAUGAUGAUGACGACGACGACGACGAAGAGGGGAAGAUCACCGAAAUCCGGUUUGUUCCGAGCGACAAGUCGGCCUUGGACGCCAUGUUCGCCGCCAUGUGUGAGUGCCAGGCGCUGCACCCGGAUCCCGAAGACCAGGACUCGGACAACGACUUUGAAGGGGAUGAGUACGACGUGGAGGAGGCCGAACACGGGCACGUCAACGUCCCGACCUUCUACACCUGCGAGGAGGGUCUGUCUGCGCUGACGCAGGAGGGCCAGGCCACGCUGGAGAGACUGGAGGGAAUGUUGGCCCAGAGCGUGGCUCAGCAGUACCACAUGGCCGGAGUCCGGACUGAGCAGGCCAACCCUGCAGACUUCGAAGACGGGAUGGACGUGGACGCCGGCGCCACAGAGGCGGGUCAGUUCGAGGACGCCGACGUGGAUCACUGAUUCUCUGGUCAGCUGUUCCCCCGAUCCCAGCACAUUCCUGUUUCUGCUCAACGGCGCCCCCGUGUGGUGGCGGGGGGACGCACCGGAACUGAACGGAUCAAAGCUCUUUUGUUUUUGUACCUGAAGCAGAAGUUGUGUGUUUCUGCACACUCAUCAAUAAAGCACUCUU